AAGACAACUUUUCUUGUUGUAUUUACUACUCUCGUCGAAAAAAACUUGAAACAAAUUUCUGAAGUCUGAAAAACACGCACCGGAAGCGAUUUAUCGGUUAUUCCCAAUUUGGAAGUUACAUUUGCUAAUAAACGCAAUGUCUGAUGGUGAUAAGGUUGCAGAUCACCAUGAUGAGGAAGACACAACUUACAGACCUCCCCCUGAAAAGACGCUGAAAGAAAUUGUUGAGGCCGACCAAAACGAUGCCAGUUUGCAAAAGUACAAGGAGGCAUUGCUGGGACAAGCCCUAAAAGAACCCAUAAUUGUUGAACCUGACAACCCUAGCAGAGUAUUGGUGAAAAGAUUAGCACUAGUUGUUGAGGGACGUCCGGAUGUUGUCUUGGAUUUAACCGGUGAUCUGGAUACGUUGAAGAAAAAGGUAUUUGUGGUCAAAGAAGGAAUUCAAUAUCGCAUACGUAUUGAUUUCUAUGUGCAGAGGGAGAUAGUAACUGGCCUGAAGUACAUUCAAAAAGUGUUAAGGCAUGGCAUUCAAAAUGAGAAGCUUACCCACAUGGUUGGAAGUUACGCUCCAAAGUUAGAAAUGCAAUCCUAUUCAACUCCACUGGAUGAAAUGCCUAGUGGACUGCUUACAAGGGGAACAUACACAGUAAAAUCCCUUUUCACAGACGAUGACAAGAAUGAGCAUCUGAAGUGGGAAUGGUCUUUUGAGCUUAAGAAAGACUGGGAAGACUGAAUUUGCAUUUUGUACAGAUCUAAGCCAUUUUAUUUCCCUUUUUUUAUGUUUUAGGAACACAUAACUGAUCUAUGCCAAUAUUAUUUAGCUGUUUGUUAUAAUAAAUCAAAAAAAUUUGUAUAUCUUCUACAAUUUUUGACCAAUCAAAAUAUAUACCUCCUGUUUAAUGCCAGGACUUCGUAUCUCAGUGAUUAUACAUUUAGCGUUUGAGACUGCCUGCUGAACAAAUGCAUUUUAUGCAUCUGAAACCAAAGUCUUCUGAUGCAAAAUGAAAGCAUUGUUUGUUUUGUUAAAAAUAAUAACUUUAUAAUAUAAAAUAAAGAUAUGUUGUUAAUUGCAGUAUUAAAUGAGCAUAUUUAAAAAAUAAUACUAAUAUUUUUGUCAAGUUGUCUAAAAAAAUGAACAAUGCCAUCCCUUUUGUUCCAUUAUGUAUUUUUUUUUUCUUGAAUUUUAUUUCACGUAAAUGUGGCUCGUAAGUGAAAAUUUAAGUUAUAUUUCAUUAAACAUUUCUGUAACAGUAAACGUCUUGAAAAUCAAAAAAAAAAAAAAAAAUUCUUUUGGUAAACAUUGUAUUUAUUCUAUUGCAGAAGGACUUGAAUCUGUUUUAUCAUUUGCAUAUCAGUUCCUUUAUCCAAGAUUUAUUAAAUCGUUAAGACUGAAUCUGUGCCUUAGAAUAGAUUAUGUUGCUUUAUAGUAACUUGUUAUUUAUAAAUGCUGGAAUGCAAAAAUGGAGUUGUUGAAAUGCUGAAUAUUAUUAAAACUGUUAAGAUUUUUAAAUACUCACUUAAUUUUUCACUAUCAAGAAAUCGUACUGAGGCCUUUAAUGUAGAAUAUUAGACAAUAUAUUUUUUUACUUAAUAAUUUAUCAUUCUUGAUAAUUACAAUCACUUGCCCAAAACCAUUUCCAGUUUUAGCAUAUUCCUAGUUAUAUGUUUAUUGAAAGUAUGUUGGAUUCAUGUGCUGUUUAGUGUCGCAUUAAGUGCAAUUGUCAUUUCAUUGGAUGCAUUGACUGCAAACAAUGUGUAAGAAUAUUUGUAAUUUCAAACAAAUUGAAAUGUGAACAUAAUGUACUUGUAAGUUACACUUUUUUAUUGACGUGCACUUCUUUUGUACUAUUUGCAAGCAAUAAACAAGUGGAUAUUUUGCCUUA